AUGGCAACGAUUGCGGCACCGUUGCUUCCCCGCCUGGCACUCCCAGCUCUGCCAGCUGUCUCACGCUGGGCGACAUUCUAUACCUCCAGAUACAGUCUACCCUUUCUACCGACGCUUUCGAUCGCCGUACCUGGUGUGAGCAUCAGCUUGCCUGGGCUUUUGGGCGACAUAUGGGAGGGCAUCCUACGCGCCGUACCGAAGAACAAGACAUCACAUUCGAGGAAGAGGCAGAGGCAAAUGGCUGGCAAGGCACUGAAGGAUGUGAACCACUUGUGCAAGUGCCCGGGGUGCGGUCAAGCCAAGAGAACUCAUCGUCUCUGCCAGAACUGCCUCGAGGACAUGCGACGGAUAUGGAAAGAGGACUUUCCUCCAGCGCCCAUCGCCUGA